AUGCGAGCAGCAACCCCUAUUCUCAACGGCGACAUCGAGGCUUCUUGCCCCUCAGUCAGCAUGGUCAACAUGUAUCGAUACCAGCCGCUCUCAGAUCCACGAGCUACUCGCCUCAUCAUGCUUCGCAAAAGCCAUGAUGUCAGCGCACCGCUGUCUUGCGCCAUCGUGGAAACCACGCUGGACAAGCCCGCCAAUUACUACGCGCUGUCAUAUACCUGGGGCACCGAAGCUCCGAGCGAAGCCAUGUACAUUUUUCCCGCUGGAGAUUCCACCACGGUCAGCACGUCAGCUGAAGUUAUUCUCUUGACCCCAAAUUGUGCCACAGCACUCAAGAUAUUGCGCAAGCGAUUGGCAGAUACCGAUGCUGGGGUAUGGGUCGAUGCGGUGUGCAUCAACCAGUCUAAUGUCGCCGAGAAGAAUGUGCAGGUGACGAUGAUGGCCAAUAUCUACAGUCUCGCAAAGUGUGUAGUUGUGUGGGUGGGCCAGCAAUGGGCGCCGAAGAACACAAGGAUCUGCGGCGAUAAGAAGAUGCUCCAGGGUCUGACUGAGGCACCUUAUUGGACUCGGGCCUGGACUCUUCAGGAGAUUGCGCAUUCUCAUGUCAAGUUGCUCUGCAGGAAUGACCAUGUCAUUGACUUGAAAUCCGUGUUCGACGGUAUUGGUUUCGUUGGAACGCGCAGUACUGACCGGCCAGGAUUCAUCUACCAUGAAAUAUUUUUCCGAAGCAGCCAAGACCCGCGAACAGAACGUCCUUGGCACUGGUCCAAAGAACUUGAUAUUUAUUACAUGAGCUGGUUCAUCUCUAUGAAGGCAUCGGAUCCGAGAGACAAGAUAUAUGCAACGAGAGGUCAGUUUGCGCGGACGUUCGGCAAGAUACCAGUGGACUACAAUCGAUCCAUUUCGUCAGUCUUCGCCGAUGCUACGAAGCAGAUUAUCUGUGACGGUUCAGACGAUGCAACUGGAAUGUUAGUUUUGGCAAAUGCAAGCCGAUCAACAACAUUGCGCGACCUUCCCUCUUGGGCUGUGGAUUGGGCCUCUGAGGACAUCACAACGCGCUUUUGGGAGUCCGGUGCCCCGCACCUAGUCUUCAAGGCAACUAGAGAAAGCCAGGCCCGGCACCGCUUCUCUGAAGACUUGAAACGGCUGUUUCUUAUGGGCACGGUUGUUGGCACAGUGCAAGAGAGACACGUCGGCCCACAACUGAGCCAACACUUCCGUCCGAGGGGAAAGGAUCCCGAGGAAGACAUGACGGAGAAUCCAGAAACAACGAGGGCAGUCUACAAAGCAAUUUCAUCGUGGGCGUCCGACCUUACAGCUGCGGCCGAGAACGGUCCGCGGAACACUGAGCCCGCAGCAGGCGUCCAGAACAGGCCGGAGUGGGUAGAGCUGUGGCAGCUCUCGCAGGACCGGACCCCCUCCCACAAGUCCAUCCAGAUCGGCUAUGCGUCAGCACCCGUCAGCGGCGGUUGA